AUGACGUCGUACUUAAUCUUCCUGGCUUGCAUCAUCAGAUCUUCGAUGACCGCUUCCGAUGCAAGGUUGCACACAUGUCGGAAAUGUCGUCUAACUUUUCCAUCCGAAGCGUCUCUAAUGCGUCACUCAGCCGCCCACUCGCGGGAGGACAUGUUCCCGUUCAAAUGUAGUUGCUGCAGACAGGCGUUUGAAUGCGAUCGUGGUCUUCGCCGACAUUCACAAGUGCAUGCUGACGUCGGUCCCCGUCGAUGUGAGGAAUGUUUCGGAAUAUUUAGGUCACCAUUAGCCUUGCGACGGCAUCUCGAUCAGUGUCGGCAAUGCUACAUUGCGCCAAUUCAAAAUGAAAUUAUGGUGUCGGUUCAUUCUCCUUUCGAUGCAUUUUCUUUCAUACCGUCUGAGAGUGAAGCGUUCUUUUCAUUUGACGGUUCCAGCAAGGAUGGCGGGAGUGGAUAUGAUGUUUCGUCACUAGGAUAUCAUCAUGUUCCCAGAAGAGCAUCACUACCCCUUCACCUGGAUCCAUUCGAUGUGUUUGCUCCAAAGAAGAAGGACAAAGAGGAUGACGAAGAUAGCGGGUUUCGUUCAAGAGUGAAUUCUGCUACUCAGUCGUGCUCUCCUGCAUCUUCGUCUGCACUUUCUUCGGAGGGUGGCUCUCCACAAAGGAAAAUUAGCACAUCGGAUGUCACAGACAAUACCAAUUCAUAUACUCUUGGAGGAUACGGCACUGGGCCAACGUAUGGUCAGCAACUAUUUCAUCCAUUCGAGUCCACUGAAGAUGGUACUAGUGGUUUUGCUGCUUAA